GAGGGUGAGGAGGUAAAAAAAAGAAAAGCCGUCACAAUCAUAUUACAGCCUUCCUUCGUUGAAAUUCGAAAAGAUGACGAUGAUCUCUGAUCUUCCCCAGGACUUGGUAGAGAAUAUACUAUCGAGGGUUCCCCUGAUGACAUCUACAAGAAAGGUGCGCUCUACAUGCAAACGGUGGAACGUUUUAUCUAAGGAUCCCGACUUUGUAAAACACUUUGUCAAAGGGUUGUCCAGGCUGAUAAUCUUGAGAUCUGAGUUUAGGGUUUGGUUAAUGAGUGUCGAUUUCCGUGGAAGCCUUGACAAUAAGGACGACUUUGUUGCUCCAUAUGUUAAACAAGGUAAGCUUACUAGCCUAAACAACAACUCGGAUCCGGAGAUAUCAAAAGUUUUUCACUGCAACGGAUUACUCUUAUGUUUGACAAAAGACAAGCAUAGGCUCGUGGUUUGGAACCCAUACUUGGGACAAACGAGGUGGAUAAAACCCAGGAAAGCUUUCCACAAAUACGACAUCUAUGCUCUCGGUUACGACAUAAACAAGAACCAAAAAGUAUUGAGGUUUUUGGAUAAUUACGCGACAUUAAGGAACCCCUGUUAUGGAUAUGAGAUCUACGAUUUAAAGUCUAGCUCAUGGAGGGUUCUUGAUUUCACUUCUGACUGGGAGAUGGAUUAUUAUCAUCGUGGAUUGUCUUUGAAGGGAAGUACAUACUUUUUCGCUCAAGAAAAAAUAGAAUGGGAUGGAGCAGGAGAAAGAGACGUAACAAACCAAGAAACCUUUUUGCUUUGUUUUGAUUUUACAAGAGAGAGAUUCGGACCGCGUCUGCCUCUGCCUUUUCACUCUCAUGCUGAAGAAACUGUGGCCCUGUCUAGUGUUAGAGAAGAGCAGCUUGCAGUGUUAUAUCAGGGGGAUUCAUCGUGUCUAGUACAGAUAUGGGUUACAAAUAGAAUUGAGCCCAAUGCAGUGUCGUGGAACAAGGUGUUCUUAUCAGUGGAUACUGAACCACUCUUUGGACCUCAUCUGUUUGAUUUUCCCGGUGGAAGUUUCAUCAUUGAUGAGGAACAAAAAAUCGCAGUGAUUUUCGAUAAAGACGAUGAAUAUAUCCACAAUACAGCUUACCUAGUUGGGGAGAAUGGAUACUACAAAACAUUGGAUCUCAGAGAGGAUAGAUACCACCGAGAAAAAACGGGAGAAUACACUAGUAUGCCACUCGUGUGCUCUUAUUUUCCGACAUCGGUGAAGAUCCAGCAAGGUGCAAGACGAGGCAAAAGGAAAGAACGAGAUUAUUAGUAGCAUUUGGUUUUAUUUUGCCUUUAAACAAGAUUAAGUUGUUUCUGUUUGGUUUUUUUUUUUCAUCUAAUAGUAUUCAUUCAAAGUGGGAACCAAGUUUUGAUACAAAGCUGCCGGAUAUCAAGAAAUCCCCAGAGCCAAGAGCCCAAGAAAAGGCGACUAAGACCCACUCCGAAGUGACUUACCAUCAAAAGCCAAAGAAAAUGCGUCUAAAACCAACUCCGAGGUGACUAACAAUCAUAACACAUAACACAACCACGUCAAUAUAUUGAAACUAGAAACCAUAACUAAAACAGAGCAAAAGAAAUUCAACUACACAAAGGCAAAAGACGAUUCAGUGUAACACACCUUCCCACAUAGCAAGGAGCAGUAAUCUGGAUAUAUCGAAGCUGUCCUCGGCCUGCUCUACGAUACUCUCCACUUUCAGAAGCUGCCAUCGGCCUGCUCUGUUUGGUUAACAAAACAGUUUUUUUUUCUAUAUUUCAUUAAAGAGUUAAAUCUAUAUUAUUAAAACUGAAUUACUUUUUGGUAAUGUUU